AUGAAAAACGAUCGUAACUCAUUGCUGCCACCUCACAGAGGAGUGAACGUCCUACCCAACAGUCCAUUGUUCGGCAAGCUCAUCCGUCAUGCUCGACGAGAACGACUGGCUAUUAGAGAUCUUCAACUUGGUCUUGAAAAGACAUAUGGAGACCUUCUCGAUACAGUCUUGGAAUUCCGAGAAGUCGUCAGUGCCUCCUUGACCCCAAGCACCAUACUUGCUUUGGAGCGCGGAGACGAAGUCUAUAUCGGUGUACUCGCUGCUGGUGGAUGGGAGUUCACAGUUGCCGUCCUGACAGUGCUAGCCUUGGGAGCCGCCGUGGUUCCUAUGUGUAAGUCAGGCGAAGCAUACUUCAAAGGUCAAAGCUGA